AAAUAUUUCAGAUUGUGACAGAUAUCCUAUGUCAAAGAAUAAUCGAGUUUACUUAACACCUUGUUUGCAGAGUCCAUUUGGGCUUUUGUUAGAUUUCAGGUCCAAUGGUUUCAUGUAAACGUCAUAAUUAGCUGCCUAAAUAUCAAAAGAAAAUGAAGCAGUCAGAAAGUUGAAAUAUGGCCCAAGAACUUUGAUAUCUCCAAAAAGUUAUGAUACACUUUAACCAAGGAUAUAAUUUACUAAAAUAAUUAUAAUCCACCUAAUAUUGAUAAACUUGAACUAAUAUCUAACACAUUUAGUAAAACGUUUCCUAAAAUGUUGAUAUAAAUUAGUGUUUCUUUAAAAUUUCAAACAACUUUAGUCCUGUUCGCUUUUUUUAUCUUAGCUCUUAUUGAUUUCAUUGGUUAUAUAAAAUCCUGACUAGCUAUACUUUUCCCAGCUCUGACCCAAACAGUUCUUAAGUAUCUUUCUCACCUGGGCGGGUUUAUAGCUAACUUGUCUGGUUCUGGGAGAUAUCAGAAUCUUAUGACAUCUUAGAUUUUUAGUAUUUUAUACUUUGACUACCUAUGUAAUGUAAUAACAAUUGUACUCAAGACAAAUUGCCUUUUGUGUGUAUUCUAGGCAUUUAUCUAACUUUCCGUUAAUAGCUUAAAUAUAUCCUCUUUCGAAAUAUACCAUGUUUGACAAAAAAUUGGAAAUUAAUUAAUUUAUUUACCCUGCUAGAUGGAGAGGCGCGAGAUCAGAUCCACUGAAUUUCACUCGUACUAGGACUUCCAACCGCCGCAUUCGAUUUGCAAUCAUCAACAUCAUUUCAGUUUCAGUUCCCUUGUUCAUAAUAGUACUGAUAACAAUAAUAACGUGACAUUAAUAAACUUAAAAUCUGUCAAAACAACGUGUUCGUAUGUGAAAACUCAUCAACAUGCAGAAUCAUAUGAUUGAGAUAAGAACGUUUCAUUAAAAAACAAACUGAUUUAUUUAUCUAAUGUUGCAAUUAAUUGACUCAGUAUUGUAUUCAUAAUUCAAAAUCACAUCUUAUUGUGUGUACUAGUCACAGUAAAGUUAAAUGGAAACAUGUGCUCCCCAACUUUUAGUUUACUUUUAAUGUAAGCUGAACUACACACCUACUGACGAAACAUUAAAGAAAUAUUUCGUAAAUCUCUGUUUAGUUCCGAUAUACUGAUGGAUUUGAAUGAAUCUUUUUGUCACAAAUUAAUUUAGAUUAAUAUUUUUAGUAUGGGGUUGUGGAGAUUAUUUCAUUGAAAUCAUGAACCGGUCUAUACCUACUAUUAUUAGUAGUAUUGUGUUGGUAUUUUUAUCACUGAUUUACGAACUGUUCCAGUCUAAUAAGAUAACUGGACGUAUCAGGAGAACUUGAUUACUUCUGAUCAUCAGAUAAUGAAACCGACAUUUUAGCAAAUUACAACUCACACAAUUAUUCUGCAUAAAAAUUUCGAAAUGUGUUGACUUUUAAAAUUGUUUGGUUACUCAUUAAAGUGUACGAAAUAGGAUUAUUUUUUUCGUAAUAUUUAAAUUCUAAAUGAAAUAUUUUUCUUCGCAGCCUAAACUGCUUUUGAAGAUAUUUUAACCGUCCUAUGGAUAAACGUUCAAUUUGAUGAAAAACAUUCCUUACAUUAGAAUGUACCUUUAUAUAACAUAAAUCGGUAUUAGCGUAUAUUUUAAGAUAAAAGAUCUUAUGCGCGAAAUCGACAAUAGCUAUCACGUUUCUAGUGUUUUUUAAAAAAUAUAUUUAAGUAGGUAGUGACCUAAUUGUUGGAGAGAACUUUUGAGCUCGUAGAAUUUCUAUCAUUCGAAUAUUUUCACCAGAAUGGACUAUAUCAAAAUUGAAUCACUUGUAUUUAUUCUCAUUUAAAUUUCUCCUGCAUUUUUUUGUUCGUUUUUUUACUACAGAAUCAUGAGCGAAUCAACAGUUGAAGGUGGCGUUAUAGACGAUUUGAGAAAGUUAACUACAAUCGAUGAUAGCUGCCCUAGUUGUCGUGCAGUCGGCUCAAUUAUCCCUUUAACCCUGUCUGCUUAUAUAAUGUAUGCGUGUAAAGAUCAAGCCUCCAAGUAUGCUGGUGUAAAAAAAGUGUCAUAUUUGACUCUAUGCACUAGUAUGUCAUUGGGUUUAUUGUACCUUGGAGGGAGUCAGUUGUUCUCUCGAUGGAAUGAAAAACUAUCAAUGAAAGCCUCAUAGAUGAAUGUAUAUAACAUUUCGUCUUUUGUAAUGUUAUUUUACUUCGAAAAAAGCGUAGUUUCGUUAUUCAACAUCAUUUUUGUUAAAAUUAACCACGUUACGUAAUUUUUUUGAAUAAGUGUAUUCAUUAUUAUCAUACGAGGCUUUUGAUUAAUAUAACUGUCACAUAUAUCUAGAUGAAUAUUUGUCAAUAUUUGAACGCCUAGUGUUAUGGUCCAUGUCUAGACAGAAUGCAGUUUAUGUCGUAAUAGAUCAUGCAGAGUAACGUAACUGAGGAGAGUUGAUACAGGGAAAAUAGAAGAAAAGGUAUGCUGACGAUCCUUCGAGCGCAUAAAAUGUAUUUACGUCUAAUAAGAAAAACCAUAGGCAACAAUCAUUAAUAACACAAAACUCAGAUUAAGAAAAUCUAGAAAUCGAAACUAGGAACAGAUAAUUUAUACAAAUAUUGGUCAAUAUUUGAACGAAUAGUUUGAUAUAAUUUGAGUG